AUGGCGAGCCAUGCUAGAAAACGCCUGAUCCGUGACUUCCGCAAGCUGCAGAGCGACCCCCCGUUUGGCGUCAGCGGCGCCCCCGUGCAAAAUGAUAUAAUGCGCUGGCACGCCGUCAUCUUUGGCCCAGAGGACACUCCUUGGGAGGGCGGCACGUUCCAGUUGGAGCUCAAGUUUACAAACGACUAUCCCAAUAAGCCCCCGCAUGUCCGAUUUCUCUCCAAGCUCUUCCAUCCGAACGUGUACAAUGACGGGAACAUCUGCCUGGACAUUCUGCAGUCACAGUGGAGUCCGAUAUAUGAUAUUUCUGCUAUUCUCACCUCCAUACAGUCACUGUUGAGCGAUCCCAACCCCAGCAGCCCGGCAAAUCAAGAGGCUGCGCGUCUGUACGCGGAAAAUCGGCGGGAAUACAACCGCCGGGUGCAGCAAUGCGCUACCGAAUCUUUGAAGACGGUGGGCGCGCCCGAUGCAGACGCCUCUGGCGCCGCUUCUAGCGCCGCAGCUGAUAUUCCUUCCGGGGCCCCCAACAGCGCUUCAGCUGAUCCAGCGGCCGCCCCCGAUGGGAGCGGGAUGGCGGAAGGGGGCGCUCCAGAAGCAGUGCAGCAGCAGCAGACUGAGAGCGGAGAGGCGCAACCUCGUGGAGAGGAGGGGCAGGGUGGAGGCGCAGCUCCGUAG